CUCUGAAAAGCUCCUGCUCUUCUUAUAUUGUCUGUUGAAGAGAAUAGGGAGAAACAAAAAAAAAAAAAAAAAACGGAACGACUAUCCCUCUCUCUCUCUCUGUAGAGGGAAACCCUUGAAGACGUCGGAAGGAAUAGAUAGUGCAAGGAAGCCCUAGAAUUGGAAGCGGAGAAGCUGAAGAUUUGGGGAUACUGUGUCAUUCGAAUGUGAGAGCGCGAGAUCCGUGAUGGCCGAUGUUACGGGCUGUGGGGAGGGUGUUUUACCGGUUACACCAGCAGCGGAGGUGAGUUGCAGCGGGAGCGGCGGCGGGGGAGGAAAUGCGCGUUCGGCGGGGAAUGAGGUAACGCUGGCGACGCCGCCAUUGACGGUUUCGGGAUCGUUUAAGGAAGGGAAGACGUCGAGGAGGCGGACGUCGGUGAGGCCGAGUUUGGACGCGGAUGAGUUCAUAAAUCUGUUGCACGGGUCGGAUCCGGUGAAGGUUGAGCUCAAUCGGUUGGAGAAUGAAGUUAGAGACAAAGAUCGAGAAUUAGGGGAAGCUCAGGCAGAGAUCAAGGCAUUGAAAUUGUCGGAACGCCUGAGAGAAAAGGCCGUUGAAGAGCUCACUGAAGAAUUGUCAAAGGUGGAGGCAAAACUCAAGCUAACUGAAUCCCUUCUAGAAAGCAAGAAUCUUGAAAUUAAGAAAAUCAAUGAUGAGAAAAAGGCUUCCAUGGCUGCUCAGUUUGCAGCAGAAGCCACCCUCCGAAGGGUCCAUGCUGCUCAAAAAGAUGAUGACAUGCCACCAAUUGAAGCCAUUCUUGCGCCACUUGAGGCUGAGCUGAAGCUUGCUCGACAGGAGGUCACUAAGCUGCAGGAUGACAAUAAGGCAUUAGAUCGCCUUACCAAAUCAAAAGAAGCAGCUUUGCUUGAAGCAGAGAGAACUGUGCAGGUUGCUCUGGCAAAGGCCUCUAUGGUAGAUGAUCUCCAAAAUAAGAACCAAGAGUUGAUGAAACAGAUUGAAAUCUGCCAGGAAGAAAAUAAGAUCUUGGACAAAAUGCAUCGCCAAAAGGUUGCAGAGGUUGAAAAGCUCAGCCAAACUGUAAGGGAGCUAGAGGAAGCUGUUCUUGCUGGUGGUGCAGCUGCAAAUGCUGUGAGGGAUUACCAACGGAAAGUCCAGGAGAUGAAUGAGGAGAGGAAAACUCUUGAUAGGGAACUGGCCCGUGCAAAGGUCACAGCAAAUAGGGUUGCAGUGGUUGUAGCAAAUGAAUGGAAAGAUGCCAAUGACAAAGUGAUGCCUGUAAAACAAUGGCUUGAAGAACGGAGGUUCUUGCAAGGGGAAAUGCAGCAACUUCGCGAUAAACUUGCCAUAACUGAACGAACUGCAAAAUCUGAAGCACAGUUGAAAGAAAAAUAUCACUUACGCCUGAAAGUACUAGAGGAGAGCUUGAGAGCACCUUCAAAUAGUGGUAGUCGCACUAGUUCAGAAGGGAGAAGUGUGAGCAAUGGGCCUUCACGUCGCCAAUCCUUGGGUGGAGCUGAUAACUUCUCAAAAUUGACCUCCAAUGGUUUUUUAUCCAAGAGAAUGCCAUCCUCUCAAUUGAGGUCUUCAAUUUCUUCUGGUACCAGUGCAUUGUUGAAGCAUGCCAAAGGAACAUCAAAGUCAUUUGAUGGAGGAACGAGAUCAUUAGACAGGGGCAAAGUUCUCUUAAAUGGAGCAGGUUGUAACUAUGCACUUAACAAAUCUUCUGAUGGAACUAACAGAGAUAGUGGGGCAGUUGGUGAUUGGAAAGGGAAUGCAGAUGAAAAGCCCAAUGAGUUUCCACCAACAGUUGAAACAGAAGAUAGUGUAUCUGGAUUAUUAUAUGACUUGUUACAGAAAGAGGUCAUUUCUUUGAGGAAAGCCUGCCAUGAAAAAGAUCAAAGCCUUAAAGACAAGGAUGAUGCAAUUGAGAUGUUAGCAAAGAAGGUAGACACAUUGACCAAAGCAAUGGAGGUGGAGGCAAAGAAGAUGAGAAGGGAAGUGGCUGCAAUGGAGAAGGAAGUAGCUGCAAUGCGUGUUGAAAAAGAACACGAUAAUAGGGCUAAACGACUUGGUAGUUCCAAGGGCUCUGUAAAUAGUUCUCAGCUGCUUCCUGGAAGAAACAUACCACGAAGUGGGCUGAUGCGCAAUAUCCAAUAAUAGUGCCGAGCCAAGCAUUAUGGAGUAGGCUUUAUUCCUGAUUCGCUCCUUUUUUUCUUUUUUAUUUUGUCUUUCAUGAUUGAUUCUAAGAUUACAACCAGCACUCCGAUGACUUUUCAAUCAUUUAGUUUGGGAGAAGAAAAAUGAAAAAUUAGUGGAGGAAGUUGGUCUGUUCUGACUUGACUGUCCCUGUACUCGCAAGUAGCAAAGGAUGUUGAAGUCUACUAACCUUUUGUCAGGUUUACAUUGAGAAACAGUGUUUGUGUGGUUGUGUAUAGGUUAUUGGGGUUUUCUUCUUUUCCUCUUAUAUUUGUAAUUUGCAGUUAGUGUGAGAUUGUUGUUGCUUCAGAGUUGUGAAUAUUCUUGUAAUCAGAUCAAGAGAUCAGAGUUUUCAUGGUUGUGUUAUUUUUCUUCCCAAUGAAUUGGUGGUAGUAAUUUUACAGGCUAUCGCUAGCUGUUGGGAAGGGUAUAUUAUAAACAAUAGCUUGUCUAUUCAUUA